AUCAACAAUCAUAUCGUGGUAGUCAAUUACAACCAUUAGCUGAUAUCUCCACUAAACAACAACAACCUCUCGGUUCAGAAUAUGAUUCAUCCACUAUUCUAAGACAAAAUGACAUGAUGCCAUCAUCGCAAGUAUCAAGUUUUGGCUCAUCCACUAUGCUAAGACAAAAUGACAUGAUACCAUCAUCGCAGGUAUCAAGUUAUGAUUCACCCACUAUUUCAAGACAAACUGACAUGAUGCCAUCAUCGCAAGUAUCAAGUUUUGGUUCAUCCACUAUGCUAAGACAAAAUGACAUGAUGCCAUCAUCGCAGGUAUCAAGUUAUGACUCACCCACUAUUUCAAGACAAACUGACAUGAUGCCAUCAUCGCAAGUAUCAAGUUUUGGCUCAUCCACUAUGCUAAGACAAAAUGACAUGAUGCCAUCAUCACAAUUACCCAGUUCAAACCAGUUUGUUCAACAAUCUCAAUCUGUUCCACAAAGUCAACAACCACUACCACUCAACAGUGCUUAUGGCAAAUAA